GUAUGGAUAUUUCAGAAUCAACCAAAAUUCAACAACACCUCUAUACCUGAUUCUGAUGAUGUCAAAUAAUCUCCCACAGUCACACACAUGGCGUAAAAUAGAUAUUAGGGAGCGAAUCUAGAAAACAUUUAUAGAUCCGCCUGUCUUCGUCUUCAAUUUAGCUCAUUUCGGCAAACACAUUUCAGCAGCUGAACGAAGGACUCAUAGUGGCGGAGCUAUGGAGCUAAUGGUGGUCACCUUGAUUAUUGGUUUUUUAUUCAGUUUAUUGUUCAUUGCCCCUCGAUUUAGCAAAUCCGAUCAAACCGAGAAGGUUCAUUCAGAUGCUAACACGAAGACUGUAAGAGCAUACAACAAGGCUGAAGUUUUGUUGCACAACAAGAGGACAGAUUGCUGGAUCAUCAUCAAGGAGAAGGUAUAUGAUGUUACGUCUUAUGUAGAAGAACACCCUGGUGGCGAUGCAAUUCUGGUGCAUGCUGGCGAUGACUCAACCGAAGGAUUUUUUGGGCCACAGCAUGCAACCCGAGUAUUUGACAUGAUCGAGGACUUCUACAUCGGAGAUUUAGAGAAGUGAAGAUUCCAUCUUUGGCUGAGGAAGCUACCAAAAUGAAUGAAUAAUAUGCAACUUCUUGUGGAGAAAUGUUGAUUUGUACUAACAAUGAUUGAUCAAGAAGAUAUCCACAAUUGAGUAUCAUAAAGGCUAAGGGGAUGUUUAAUUGGUUUUUCAUUAAAUCUUGUAUGGAUAAAGUUGUCCGUGUGUAUUAAUCUAUCUAAAUAGAUCGGGAAAGAU